UCCGUUGCUAUUGCAUUUGUAAUAAUGUGUGUAUAAUUAUGUAGCAUGUUAUGUUUGUCGCUUUAUUAUAUUUUGUAAUAUUACUUAUUAAUAUUAAGCAUACAUGCAUUGUGAGAAUUUAACAUAAGUAAUAGAGAUGUUCUCUGGUUUUCAGGAAAAUGUGAUAUUAGUAUUGUUAUUAUUUGAAUUAAUUUUUUCGAUUAGUAUUAAUCACUGGGUGUUUAGGUUUUAGUUUUAACUUUAGCUACCGUUUUUUGAGAUAAUCACAAGAAGCACAUCAAAGAAUGGCUGAGGAUAAUCAGAAUGCUUCUGAUGAGCUACAACAUUCUUCACCAGUUUUCCAAGAACCAAGAUUAAUGUAUCAUCAUCCAGAGUCAAAGGUCAAAUCAGAAUACAGCAUGGAUUUGGAAACAGCAAUGAUUCGCCUAGAAGAAGAAAAAAGCAGGUGUGAGAACUAUUCUCAAAUAAACACAAUGUUACGUAACCAGUUAGAAGAAGCUACUCAAGCUAAUCGAAUUUUAACUGAGGAUGUUCAGCGGUUAACCCAAGAGUGGCAGAAGACCAGAGAAGAACUAGACAUCAAAGAAACAGAAUGGAGAGAUGAAGAACAGUCUUUUAAUGACUACUUUACCAAAGAGCAUCAUCAGUUAUUGGCUCUAUGGAGACAGCUACUGCAGUUUCGGCAAGAUUUUUCCCAAAUGAAGUUCCUCACAGAAAAGGAUCUUUCAGCAUUAAGAGCUCACUUCGGUCAGACGUCUCGUAACAUGACAGCUGCCUGUUUGAGUGUCCUUAACUUUACAUCUGUGGCUGGGGAAAGUAAUGAGACUUCCUCAUGGCAGAUGCAGAAGAAAGUGCAAGAGAUGGUGAAUGAGAAACUUAAAUAUGAUGUUGAGAAGAUGGGAUUUCAGGAAAGGAUACAAGAAUUGUCUGAACAAAAUGAAAGACAAAAAUCACUUUUGAUGGAAAAAGAAAAAAUCAUAGCAUCUCUUAACAAAUCUAUGGAAUCCAUGCUUGUCAAAGAUAUUGGUCCAGGUAGUGGUGACUUUAGGGAGGAUGUUGACUCUGUGAGGACCACUUUGUGGGACAUAGCAAAAGCAGUGGUAGAAGAUGUGGACCAAACUUAUUCUGACUCGUUAUUAGAGCAACAUUUUUUGACCAAUGCCCUGUCCUCUGUGAGGAAUGCACUUGCAGCACAAUCAAGCUCAAACAUUGAGUCAUGUUACAUUUCAGAUCUAACCACAUCUAUUGUAUCGGCAGUGCAGAGUUUGCUAGCAAAACGUCGACAACAAAUCGAAGACCUACAGAGAAACCUGGCAACAUCAGAGGAACAACACAGAACUAAAGUGAAGUUGUUAGAUGAGGCUGAAGAGGAACGUCAACAUCAAAAACGUCUUAUAAUGCAGCUCAAUUCCCAGCUUCAGGUGUUACAAGAAGAAGUUCAAGAUUCUCUUGAAAACAAAGAAAAGAUAAAAUCUAUCAUAAGUGCUUCAGGAAGUGAAAGAAUAUGGUUAGAAAAAACUCGCAGGACCCUGAAUGACCAAAUAGAUGCUCUGAACAGUGAAAAUGAUCGUUUGCAUACAAUUUUGCGAGACUAUCAAUGUAAAGUAGAGAAGCUUGAAGAGGAAAGAGAAGAUCUUAUUUCACAAGAUCAUUACUACAAGCUUGAAAAAGAAAGGAGUGAAAGGUACAUAGGAGCACUGGAGAAUCAACUCUCUGCAUUGAAAGAGGAGAUAGUAGGUGAGAAGGAAUUGUUAAGUAGAACAAAACUGGAUACCGAACUCCUUCAGCAUGAAAAAUCUAGUCUUG